UCAACGAGAAAAUUGAAUUGUUUAUGGAGGAACUUGAAAUUGGCGCUAAAAUUUGUUUGUAAAGCAAUUGAAGCAAAUUAUUUUCGUUUUAGUUGUGAAAUAAGCACCGUUACUUUCGAAAAACGCUUUCGUUCGUCUAUUGGAGCGAUCCAGCGCGCAGAAAGUGUAAUUUCACACCAAUUCGGCGUCCAUAUUUGUUAAUUGCUAUGAGCAAACCGUGCAACCGGAAGCCUCUGCGAAUUGUGUAGCUGUUACAGCGCCAUACGUGUGUGUUGUUUUGAUGUUCAUUGAAGCUUUUGCAAAAUGGAUAGUUGCAGCAGCUAUCGAACGGAAGACAGCGGCAAAGAUGUGCAGCUCGAGCAGCCAAAAUGCAGCAAAAGAAGAGGGAAGCAGCUCCUGAACGUAAACUGUUGUACUACUAGCAAAAAGCAAUCCGCAUUCCGUCGGUGCCGUCCAGGUGAUGGAUUUAAUGGCACGAAAUCAUCUCAUCUUAAGCCAUACAAUGCAUUCACCCCGUUAAGCGAGCUAAGACAACAAAUCUCCAUCCUUGUCCCAGGACAGAGCAGUUUGUGCAACUCGUUCGAAGCAAACCAAAGCUUUCCGGGCAUCGGCAGAAGGUGCAUCCGGUACGGUGGGCCUCUUACUCGAGCUGCUUUCGUAAGUGCAAUAAACUCACCCGUACGGUUGAGCUGGGACUCGAUGGCAAACAUGGACCGGGUGCGAGUGGACGGUUCAAAUGGAGUCCGAUUCACGGCCUUCCGUCCGAAGGGAGGAUGCUUCCCGCAUGGUGUACCCUCACCGUACAACAACUCGUACAUUGCAUCGGCGUCGGAAUCGAUUGGCCGGCUGCCAAAGAGUGAUAUCAAUCCCAACAAGGCGGUCUUCACGAUUGACUCGAAAACAUCCCGUAUACUGAUCGUCAAUCGCAAUGCUUGCGAGCUGCUCGGAUACAACUCGAAAGAGCUGUGUGAGAUGGAGUUUACCAGCCUGCUGUUUAACAAAAGCAAGAUGCACGUGUCUGCUUUAGCGGAGGGCCAGCUGAACAGUGAAGAUGGGACGGUGAUAAUCCUGAGUGGAAAAGUGGUCGAGCUGUGCACAAAGUACGACAAAAAUGUGGCCGUUUCGCUGUGGGUUAGGCAAAUCGACACCGAAGGCCAGAGAUGUCUAGCGGUGGCGGAGCCGGUAGAGAGGAGGGUGGCCCAGCUGGUGGUCGAUCAAAACGGUUACAUUGUAUCGGGUGACAAUGAAGCGCUGAUACUGUUCCAGCUGGAUUCGGUGGAGAAAUUUGGAGGAAUGGAUGUAGCGCUGCUGAUACCGGCCAUUCAACUUCCAGACCCGGACACAAGCCUAAUAGCGAAGCAUAUCAGAAAGCAGAAGGCUACGGGCAAGACGCAGGACGGAGUAUCGUUUCCAUUGUGUUUACUGAUAUCCCACCACGAAACUGGCACCGACACGACGGACAGCGGGGUGUCGAAUCCAAACGCACUGCUAUACCUGAUCACAAUUUGGGUGUAUACAAACCUGUCGGGGCUCCUGGUGAUCGAUGAGAAUUCGGUAAUUGAAUCGUGCAAUCAUCACUUUUCUAUGCUGAUGUUUGGCAUCCCACAGAGCAAGACCAUUGGGGAGCACAUAACGAAGCUGAUUCCCAACUUUGGUCAAGAGACCGAUUGCUUGACCAGAAGUCGUAACGCAACGCUGUCGUCCCUAGACAACGACGAGUCGGAAACGGAAACAGAUCACGUGGAGCUGGAAAACAGCAAGGAUGGCUUCCUGUCCGGCGCUCUGAAUGACAUACGAACAUCGCAGUGCGAUGCGACCGUCAGUCCAGUGAAGGAGCCGCGCAAGGUUUGCUUAGAUUUUACGAACGCCUCGCAUCCCGGUAGACGAUCAUUAAACAGUUCGGUUGCUGUAAUGAAUACGCUACCAGCUUCAGGGUCGAUGGCUGAUGGAUCACGCAUCGAUCAGGCACCCGUCGCAAGCGGCAGUGAAAACGCUACAGACGAGCCGGGAAAUCAGUUCAGUAUUGUGGUAAUGUCGGAAAAUGCUUACUACGUAGAGGAUAAUAGCGAAAACAAUCGAAAUUUUGCAAACGUUUCGAACGCACAAAACAACCAUGCCUUAAAGCCGUGCACCACUUCCGCACUUGCGUCGACCCCAGCAGCAUCAGUAGCGGCAGCAGUAGUAACGGGAGCUGCAACGGGAGCCACCCCAUCAGCAGCAACUGCAACAGUAUCGAGCAAUUCAUCUGCGCCAGUAGCAGGAGAUAAAGAAGUAGUGAAUAAGUGUAGCAGUGUCUUAGUAUCGGAAGAUUAUGCAAAUUUGCCGGAAAGCGAUUUGCUCACGCCAGUCAACGAAAACUCACUAUGUAUGAAUUUAUUGAACUCGAAGAAUGUGUCCAUCAACGAAACCAAAAGCCCACUGUACACUUCGGAAGACAUAAAUGUGGCACUGCUGAAGGACAGCACACCGGCUAGCGCCCCACCGGUGAUGGUAACGCCUCGGUUCAUAAAGCCGUACGAGCUUGCCAAGGGGGGAGCAGGAUCGCUAGUCACGUCCACGCCGGAUCAGCACAAACGUCACUCGGCUGGCGGCAUCGCCGACAUUAUCCGACACAUGGGAAAUACGGGCAAGCGACUGUCGUACGUCGAUGGGAAGUAUAGAGGAGAAGCGAUACAUUACGACGGGAAUGUGAUUGACAUAAUCUACACGAUCUCGAGCCAGAUGCUUCCCUGCGGCCGGAAGGUGUACUGCAUUUGGAUAAGCCGCGAUCCAGAAUCGUCCUAUAACAAUCUGGAGGAGGCGAAUGUUACGCUUACGUUUAAUAGCAUUACCAGCACGAUUGAUAAUUCGCUUGGCCAACCGAGCAAGAUCGCGAAUGCGACAGCGGCGGCAGUUACUGUUAGCCAGAGCAGACCGAAUUCCGUGUCGUUGGUGUCGCAGUGCGAGGAGGAGCAGGUUUUUGGAGAGUACAACAAACACUACACAACGAUUAAGCAGAUCGGUAAAGGUGCGUACGGGUACGUGAAGCUUAGCUACCGCAAUACCGACCGCCUGUUGGUGAUAUCGAAGUUCAUUCUGAAGGAGAAGCUGUGCUCCAAUUUCAUGAUAACGACGGAGGAUAGAAAGGAGAUCCCGAUGGAGAUUUAUCUGCUGACGCACGUGAAGCAUCCCAACAUCGUGACCGUGUUCGACGUGUUUGAAAACGAAAAGUUCUUCCAGCUCGUCAUGGAAGUGCACGGUUCGGGGAUGGACUUGUUCGAGUUUAUCGACCGACGGCCGGCAAUGACCGAGAAGCUGGGCUGCUACAUUUUCCGUCAAAUUGCCAACGCCGUCGAUUACCUGCACUCGCUGAACAUUCUGCAUCGCGACAUCAAAGACGAAAACAUCAUCAUAGAUCAGCACUUCCAUGUGAAGCUGAUCGACUUCGGGUCGGCCACCUUCAUGCAGGAAGGCAAGCUGUUUUCCACCUUCUACGGCACCACGGAGUACUGCAGUCCCGAGGUGUUGGCCGGGAACAAGUACGCCGGACCGGAGCUGGAAAUGUGGUCCCUGGGCGUAACGCUGUAUGUGCUGAUGUUUUUCGAAAAUCCCUUCCUGGACAUCGAGGAAACGCUAAAGUCGGAACUGAUAAUACCGCAGGAGAUCAGUCCCGAGCUGGAGUACGUGUUGCUGUCCCUGCUGGACAAGAACCCCAAAACGCGCAUAACGAUGAAGCAACUGAUCUGCACGGAGUGGUUGACGCAAGAAAUUAACCCAAGCGCAUUCAACUUUGCCCACAUAGUGCCCUGUGAGCCGUACGAAGUGAACCCGGAAAAGUACUUCAACGGCCAGAUAUACUCGAGUCAAACCGGUCUGUCCACCUCACCGCACAGCUUAUCGUUGGUGGAUGAUGAGGAUGAAGGCGACGAUGAGGAGGAGGACGAGCCGCAUGCCCACAUAGACGAUUCGUUUGUUGAUCCGGAUGAAUUGCAGGACGAUGACAUUUGUCCAUUGACGCACGACGACGAAAAGCUGCCAGAACGAUCAUACGAACUGUGCAGUGGACGCGAAACGCAUGCUGCUGGAACGAUAUUGGCCAAAGGAAUUCAGAAUCUCUCCCUACAGGAACCUUCGACAUACAACAAUCACAGCAGUACAAUCGAUACCACCGCGGCAGUGUCUGGCGUUAUAGGUACAGAUACGGCCAAGCAAGCGCGUGGAAAGAAGGGACAGCUACUACGGGCCGAAAUGCAGCAACGGUCCGGACAUCAUGCGCUGCUGGGCAUGGGCACGGAUGCACUUACCGCGAUCGAUCAAGUGCCAACGUCCGCCAAUCGAAAUGCGAAAUGCGUUGAUGGGAUGGUGGUAAGCUACGGCGUAAAGCAAACGAAACUGCAGCAAUACUACUGUAAAGAUGAGCCGGCAGAUGAACAGGUAGUGCGCACGUCUGUGGCAAUGGUGCCACAGAUCAAGCUGGAGGCGGUAGGAAAGGAAGAUGAGAACGAUCGCUUGAUCGACACGGAUUAUGAUAAUGAUACCUUCGAAGAGGACAUCGAUGAUCGUUAACGAAUGCUUUUUAUGCGCAAUAGUAGCUAACGACACAGGUUGCAAGUACAAGGGCCUUUUCUAUCAAUGCUUGUGAAUAGUCAUUUAGAGGAAGAAGGAGUAGCAGUAGAGGAGAAGUGUUAUUAUCGGUACUAUUUAAUUUUUGGCACAAUCAUACAGUUCGCAUAGUCGCGCGUAAAGAGGCGCCAUUCAGAAGUGAAACCAAUUCAACAGUAAGGCAACAAAUAAUCAUAAUAACAAUGAUAGUCAAGCAAACCCAUGCUGUGGUGUAGAGUAAAUUAGCACAAUUGCUGUGGCCCGUGGUGUUAUAGAGAAAUAGGGGGCGCGUCUGCAAUACAAAUAGAACACGCUGUUUCUACUCUUAUCUUUUUAACCGUCGCUGAAAACAUGUCCUACGUUACAUAGAAGAGAAAUAAUUUAAUACCGUUGUUACAAGCCUCUGAGGAGGGAGGGGCAGAAGGUAAAGAGAUGUAUAAAAGAUAUUCAGAAAAAGAAUGUUAUUCCAAUUGUGUCGCGCACUACAAAUUGUAAAUAAGAAAACCAGAAACAUUUUUGCAAAGCUCUACAUCGAUUGGUGAGUGUUUUGCUCUGUUUUACAUUCGAUUAUCAACUGUUGUCGAGGGAGGGAAUGAGUAAGUAAACAAAUCAGAAUAUAAAUGACGAUAUUUUCCCUCUUAGUACCUGUCAACCACUAACUGCACUGUUAGAUAAGGAUUUCGUUAAUCUGGAUGGUAGUUAAUCACAUGUAGUGCAUGAAUCCUGGUUUCCCAAUAGUUUCGUAAAGCACAGCAAUAUAGUAUUGAUAAAAAUACUUGUUUUUGGUUGUUGCAGCGACUAUGUAGCUUUUAUUAACCUUAUAUUGUAUGUUGUAACAUGUCCCAACGUAGCUGAGAGAUACAUUUACAUUUCUAGUAAUAGAUACGCUGUAGUAACUUUGCGUUACAUUUCUUUCUGUUGUUAUAGACACCUCAA